AUGGCAGCAGUAUUCGUACCUCCUUCGCCGCGAAUCUCUCUUAACAUGUCAACUCGCCGCCCUCUCGCCAACGUGCCGAAUGCCACCAAUUCCCCUCACAGGGCGGGUCUCGUUCCUGCAAAGCGUCCCCGGACGACAAAUGCUCCGAUCGAUAUACCCUACGGCCAGCCUCCCCUUAAGAAGCAGGUGAUUGAUGGAUUGGAACAGGAGGCCCGCACUCCACCGCGGGUAAAAUCGAGCACCAUCACCGAUUCUAAGUUAUUCACGCGGCGGUCGAAUAAUGCUCAACCAAGUGCUUUCGAACGGAAAUUGGUCGCUGCAAGGGAUAAGGAACGGCAGACUCAACUCAAAGGCACCAGACAGGAAAAGCCCUCUGCGGAGUCGAUUGAGUCGAUCCGACAAUGGCAGAGGCAUUAUCGAAAGGCGUUCCCGUCUUUUGUCUUUUACUUUGAUGCUAUUCCAGAGGACGUUCGUGCCAAAUGCUCGAGACAGGUCAUUGCAUUGGGGGCUAGCGAAGAAAAGUUUUUCUCCCGUGAUGUCACCCAUGUUGUCACGUCCCGCCCUAUACCUCCUGAACUAAACGCCGCUGCCGACUUGAGUGCUCCGAACGUGGAACAGGGUCCUGUUGAUACCGUCAAUCCGUCUCUCCUGGAGAAGACAGUCGACACCCACCUUCAUAUGUCUUUGAAGACCGAUACAAGGCGUGAGCAGAGCAACAUGGACGUGUUGUAUCGAGCCCGCCGGAUGAAGAUGAAAAUAUGGGCACUGGAAAAGUUACAACGCAUGAUUGCCGCGAUCAAUGACGGAGACAUUGGAGGACACGGCGCCACCUCCACUCGCACCCAAAACGCUGCUGGUGGGAAUACCAGAGCUCGCGGCGAGACGGAUCUUUCGCAAGUCCUGCGAAGUGAACUCAUCAAUGGUCCCUCGGAUCGAGAUCCUCUUUCUUCCUUGAAAGAGUUGGUGAUGUUCAAAGGCCCGUUCGUUUAUGUUCACGAUAUGGAUGAGAAGACCAAACCGGUGAUGGUACGAGAAUACCCAAAAGUCGCGAGACGGCAGGACGGUACUUGGCCACAGUUCAGAAGUGCACCGCUGGGUAAAUGCCCUUUCAUCGACGAACCCCCGACCAAGAAGGAAAUCGAAAGGCACCGAGCUCUCCAGCAAGAGAAGGACAAGAAGGCCGCUGCCAAGGCUGUUCCAGUUCAACAAACUCAUGAUCCUAAGCCUAACCGACAGGACCAAGCCCCUGUGACCAAAGAUAACCAAGAUAUUCCGAACGAGAUUGACAGUGAAGACAAUGUUGAUAACAAGGUGUCCCAGAUCAAGCCGACUGAUAUGCAGAAACCGCUGUCAACCAAGCCAGCUGCUCCGCGGAAAAGCUCCGAGAGCUUCGUACCUCCCCAACUGCACCGAGGAGGACCUUUUUAUGCUGGCCGUGAGCCUGCCGCGUCGGGGGUGCAGCCGUCGAAUAUCACAUCCGCCAUCCGCUCCCAGAUGGUAUCAUCUACCGCUGCAGGACCUGGUGCCAAGGCUGGUAUUAGCAAGGAAGUCCACGAGUUAAAGCGGAAGGUUCUGGAGAAGAGCAACGGUGGACUAUCAACCAGCGCUAUGCUUUCGCCUCACCUCACCACGUCUCUGUCGACAUCGUUCAAGAUGAAUCAAUUGUCGCAUAGGACGGGUCAGACAAAUACGCAGGACAAGCGUGGACACGUGCAGGAGGAAGACACUACCCAAUCCGAAGGCAACGGUGCCAAGCGGCGAACCGGUCUCCGGAAAGUCAUGACUCAGAAAAAGAAGGAAAGAAGGAGAGAUCCCAAACCUGGAUAUUGUGAGAAUUGUAGGGAUAAGUUCGAUGAUUUCGAGGAGCAUAUUAUGACCAGAAAACACCGGAAAUUCGCAACCAACCCAGCGAACUGGGUUGAUCUAGAUGAGCUGCUUGAUGAGUUGGAAAGACCACUAAAGGAGCAGUGGGUAUGUGAGGCCGCAGAUACACCUUAA